GAAAUUUCGUUCACAUACUCCUGAAAGGACCGAUUGUAUGAGUUGUCUCCCCAAUAUCAUACGAUAAAAUUAUUAUUAUAGCAUUGCGUAUAGUAACGUCAGCGCAAUGGCCAAUAUUUUAACGUUUCAAACACAAAUAGCCUCCGUUAUGGAAGUACUCGCAAACGCCGCUGUAGCAGAAAUUUGCCGACUUGUUGAGGACAGCUAUAACGAGUUACAGCUUGAAAUAUCACAAAGCCAAAAGGAAAACAACAUCCUUAAAAAGAAAUUAAAAAUGAUCGAAAUUCGGGAAUCGUUUUAUCGCAGAGCGCAUAAAUUAAGAAACGUGUCGACUGACUUCCCCAAAACUAGCGUAUACGGCAAAGUAUCAGGGCGGAUCGUGAGAGUUCAAGUUGGUUCACUGAACAAUGAGCGUAAUAAUGAAGAGAGAUCAUCCGACGAGGUCUCUGUUCAACCCGAAAUACUUGACCAGUCCAUAGGGGAUGAAGAUUCAGAUAUUCUUAUCAUUAAAGAGGAAAGACCUGACAACGUGUGUGAACAACCAGAAAGAGGAGCAGGGACCACUGAAAAUCAAAAAGAAGACACCCAGUACCGAAAUGCAGGAGGUUUUGUAACCGUCGACAGAGAUAACUUCAUAGACCAGAACACUACCAGUGUUCAACACUGCCAUCAAGAGACCAAUGGAAUGCAACCUGAUCUCCUUAACAAUGAAAACCCAGAAAUGACUGUAACAGGACCAGACACGCAUAUCCUUGGGGAUGAAACCGGAAUGCAGAGACAUUCUGAUGGAGAGACAGAGAAUAGCCUGCAUUCAGUCAACACCUAUGCCUCAUGGGAUGCCAGGACAUUUGACGUAACUACAAACAAUCCCUCCUACGCUGAAUCUGAAUGCAACGCAGGACCUUCUGUAAAUCGAUUUUUGAUGUACAGAGGGAGUGCAGAUCCCACAUGUUCAUAUGCAACUCAAAUGGACUGUAACGGACUGUCGAUCCAUGACGUGGAGAGUCAUGUAGCACACAACGACGGAGCCGCUGGACUUGAGAAAGUGGUCAUUUCUCAGUCCGAAUUAUCCCAAUUUAGUUCAGACACUCCUCAGAUGCAAAGAAAGUUUAUGUGUAAACAUUGCGGAAAAUUUUUCUCUCAACCAAGUGCUCUCCUCCUGCACCAGAAGCUUCAUACCGGAGAGAGGCUUUACAGCUGUACACUCUGUGGUAAACGAUUUAGUCAGGCAUCCAGUCUCAAAAGGCACCAUGGCAUUCAUAGAGGAGAGAAGCCAUUCAGGUGCCUGCACUGUGGCAAGCAUUUUUCCGACCAGAGUAAUCUCAAAAAACAUGUGAAUGUUCAUACAGGUGAGAAACCUUAUGGUUGUAGCCAAUGUGGAAAAAUGUUCAAUCAGUCUUCUAACCUCAAAACGCACAUGAAGAUCCACACACGUGACAAGCCUUUCACGUGCGAGGGAUGUGGACGGAUGUUUGCAUACAAAUACAUCUUGGUGAAACACCAACAGAGAAACUGUAUGUCUCAGCUAAGUCCUGCUGGACAAAUAUAGACUUUAGUCAAAAGGUGAGGAAGACUCUCCAAGGCCAUCUUUCAAUUUAUUUAUGAUGCAGGAGUUUAAAGUUUGCUAAUUAAAUUUCAAACACAUUCACACUGCUGGGACAUGGUGGCAAUUUGCAUUACAUUUAAUGUGUAUUAAAAUUAACAUAAGAUGACCUUAAUGCAUAUUCGUGGUUUUAUUGUGCACGAUUAAUCACAGAUUAAGAUUAUUCCAACUUGAAAUCAUGCCUUAUCAAAAUUCACUAAUAUAAAGUACUUUUGCCAAGGGGCACCCUAUAGACCAAUUUCGUGUUUGCAAACAGAUAUGACGUUUUUUGUGGGCGGAGCCAAACUGGUUGCAGAAAGUGACUGCUCCGCAGUAGGGUUGUGAAGUGUUUUAGCAUUAAACCGUGAUUUUUAUGGAUCCGGUGUUCUGUCAAAGUCUGAUUCCCCUAUGUUUCCCUUUAAUGCAAUGUUUCUUAUAGCGUUUUAAUAACGUUACGUUUAUUUUUUAGAUAGAUAAAAAGUUUAAAUGGCUUGGCUACUGAUAUGCAUAUGUAAUGUAUAUGUGUUGUGUUUUUUUUUUUUUGCUAAAUCAAUUAUUUUUACAGUUCGAAUCGCUAAAGUACAUAUAAAAGCAAUACUAUCAUGUAUUAUAUAUAAUAGCGUUUAUUAAAUAUUUAAUAAUUUUCCUGUUUUCUAUUAUUUCUUCCUUAUAUUUAUCUUACGUGUUUGUUCUAAAACUAUUAUAAAAGUAUUAUGUUUAAACAUACAUUAAAAAGGCCUGUUUAUAUAUUAAUAACACUUUACAUCAUGUGUGUGUGGGCUAUAUUUAUAUGUUUUUAUUAAGUAUGUAAACAUAAUAAUUUUAGAACAAACAGGAAGAAGACAUAAGCUAAGAUAUAAGGAAAUAAAAAGAAAUAAGAGAAAACGAAAAAAUUAUGAAAUAUUUAAAAAAAAUUGUGAUAUUAUUGUUUUUUCGGUAUCAUUUUUUUUUUAUUCUGAAUUAAUUAUAAUUGUAACGUGAUAAAAACGCUAUAAGAAACACAUGGAGGGAACAGACUUCGAUAGAACACCGGACAUUCUCUCUACUUAUUUUCUAUUCUAAUUAUUAAAAGAUUUCCAGAUGAUUUCCUCGCUCCAUUCUGUCCGUUUAAGGGCUUAUUGUAAUCAUAAACACCUACGUUUAUCUUCAAAUGAUGUCUUCGACGAUGGUAUUCUGUAAAAAUGAAAGCCAUAUUUUUUGGCAUUCUUAUUUUGACACUUAACAGCACAACAGGACAUUUUCUAGGGAGUUAUCUUGCUCUUUUCACUCGUGUCUAAUUCAUUUCCACUGUUUUUCUGCAACCGCAUUGCGCGCGCAGCUAGCAGUGACGUAACUGUGACGUCUACUCUAAAUUGGUCUAUUGGUCUCUAUCGUGAAGCCAAUGUGAAAGCCAAUUUAUCGACUGGCCGUUAGAGACUGGCUCCAAAAACGAGUCAAUCUCAUAAACUUUAAACUUGUUAAAACUAGAAACAGAAAAUUUCUAGUAAUACUGAACUGCAGUGGCGGCCGGUGACUUCUCUUCCCAGGGGCUUCUGCAAAAUAUGUGUUUAGCGUGUCGAGUGUGGCUUUUCAUGUCAAAGUAUGUGUUUGGUGAGUCAUGUAAACAUAAUAUGUUUACAUGACUCACCAAACACAUACUUUGACAUGAAGAAAUAUUAUUCGCAUCAUGCGUCAUGUCAAAAUAUGUGCCUGCUACAGACGCGUUGAAAGAGUUUAUAAUAAAAGAGACAUACUCUGCAGGUGUGUCAUUAAAAAUAACACGUCAUACCCAAAUGCUCCUGCCCUGUUUCAUAGUUUUUCUGUUGGGCGGGAGCUUUAACAGUUUUAAAACCCUUUGUCAUGAGGUCCCGUCCUGUCAAAAAUUGUCUUAGAAUUAAAGUAUUCUGCCUAAUGCAUCAACACAGUCUUUAUGGUUAUAGAUUUUACUAAUGACUUGAUGGAAUCCUUUGGCUGAUUUUGUCACAGAUUCGUCCGUUAUGCUACGGGCUAAAACAGAAAAAAAUAUAGCAAUUAUUCUGUUUAGAUGCAGUGUAUAUAUCUGUAAACUUUCUCAAUUUAGAAGACCAUAUUAAUUUUGGCACAUAUUUCUGGGAUGUAUUUUGCAUUCUAAGUACGGAAUGAGCUUAGCAGAAGAAAUCUCUUAAUUUAAUUUUAUAUGGCACGUCCUAUCAUUUUGAGUCAUAAUUAUCCAAAUAUAAAACGCAGUUUAAAGCAAUGAAAAAUACUGACUGUAGUAUUUUGGAUUAAAUACAUUUUUAAAGAUGUAGCCCAACUGGCUGAACUGGCUCAUGUUAUCACUCAGUGUUUCAGACUAAUGGAGGAAAUUUUCGAAAAAAUAUAUAAUUUGGCAUACUUUUUAAAAUAUAUUCGUACUUUUACUUAACCUGUUAUUUGUGUCUAAAUUAUAUUAUUAUUAUUAUUGUUCUAGUUUUGUCAUGUAAUUACUGUAAUUUUGUCUGUAGAGUCCGAUAAGUCAAUUUUUCUAAUAGCAGAAGUUUAUGACCAUAAACAUUGUAAUGAUUAUCCCUUGAUAAUGGCUUAGACAAUUUGAAAAGACUUUUUACUCAAAAGCACUACUUACCAGACAGACUAUUAGCUGACAGCAUCAUUGUACUAUUGUCAUGAACCUGCAGUGUAAAGAAGUUACUUUUGUUAAACUACUAAAAAGAAAUAUUUUGGGAGGACAAUGGCCAAAACUAUACCAUCUGUAUAUGUGUGGGUGUGACAUAAAUAAAUUGUUAAUUAUUACCUUGUCAUCCACAUGCUAGCCUGAACUAUUAUAACCACACUUAGGCGAGAAGGACCAUGCAGUAUAUUUACUAAGGAGAUCAUUAAUAUGUUUUUAUACAGAGGGUUGGGCGGUAGCAAACAGCAAAACUAGUUUAACUGCAUUACUCAGUAGUGAUGUGAGUGAAAGC